AUGCCUCAACAAUCACCGUUUACUGCGGAAAUUGCUGCGGCAGGUCGAACAAUGGAGCAACAAAUGGUUCAAAAGCUCAAGUUGAAUCGUGGUUUAUACUCGGAUGGGCAUAGCAUACAACCAAGCAACGAAGCUAUUUUUACCGAUGAUGGCGGAUUGGACAUCAUCUUAUAUAAAGGGGAACCAAUAGUUUACACGAAUAUAAACGAUCCCAAAUCACCCACAAAUUUGUUCGCAUUCAACAAUGAUGAUGAUGGAGUUAAAUCACGUUUACAACAUUUCGAUGCUUGUAUUAAUUUUCCAAUCGCUGAAUUCUCUUAUAGAGGUGAAUUGUUGAAAAAUUUUUCGAAAUUUUCGAAUGAAGACGACGAACAAUCAUUUGGCCACGCAUUCGCAAGGAAAGUUUUGGUCGGUGGUAAAUUAUUUAUCAAGAACUUUAAUUUAGCUAGCACAAAACAAAUAGAUACCUUACAAUCCCAUUUAACUGGAACAUAUCAUUCGGUCAAACAUAAUAAAGAAAAUCCAUUUAGUUAUAUCGAAUGGCGUAAUUUACCGAAGGUAGUAACGUCAAAUGGGCAAGUGAUCAAAACCCAGCGAAAUUUAGUCACAUGGAUGAGUAAUCUGUAUCAUAAGAAUAUGUUUGAUAUCAUUUCUUAUAACGAUAUCAUUCCCGUUCAAAAAUUAAGAUCUAAUAAAUUUUCAGCAGAUGACGUUAAAAUUCCUAAAGAAAUACAACCCGGGGUUGCUAAUUUUGGGGAAAAAUUAAGUUUUAAGAGGUGGGCGGAGCACGCCUAUUUAUUUCUUCAACUUCAAGGGUUAACAUUUAAUAAGGUUUAUAAGAAUUAUGAAGCGGAUAUUAGCAAGAAGGUUGCCUUUAAGUUCAUCGAUAUUCCUGUAAUAAAUUCAAUUAAAAAAUCUUAUUUGAAACUUUUAAAGCCGUCAACGAAUUUAGAACAAUUUUUCAUAUCUAAUAAUAUUAACGUUCCGGCUAAAGGUGCAAGAUCUUUUCCGUUCAUUAAAAAAUAUUUGUUCGAUAAUCUUGGUAACAAGGACAAUGUUCGUUUGGUAGUAAAAUGUGAACGAUAUGAAAUUCUCAUAAAUAAGGCUCAUAUCAAGCUCGCAAAGGGAUUUGAAGAAUCUAUAGAUAAAGCAAUUAAUAGCAUAGAACCAUAUAAUUCUUUACAAGAUACCUUUGAUGAAUUUGGGCAUUUAUUUCCACAGAGAAUCGUCUUGGGAAGAUCGUUUCAUAGCACUUUACCAGAUCUUUCAUCUGAUACGUUUGAUGAGAUUAGUUUGGAUUCCGAAUCCUUAAAGACGCAAUUAGAUCAUUUAAACGUGUCAUAUCUUUUAACGCAAGAUGGAGACGUUAUCGAUGUUGAUGAUGACGUUGAAUUAUUUAAUCGGAUUCAAGAUACGAAAUCCGAUUUAGAAAUCAUUGAAUAUGAUCAGAUCAUCCCAAUUGAUGAUAAUACUGAACAUUUUAAACGUGUAAAUAUCGAACCAUCUCUGAAAGGUAGAAAUUAUGAAGUUUAUGGUUCGAUUAUUUCGGGAGAUGAGAAAUUGGAAGAUUGUUGUAUUAAUUUUGAGAUGCGUGAUUUUAAUGGUUUUUCCGCAAUUAUAAAAACUUCCCAUCUUACUUAUAUUAGUAUAUCAGAAUGUCGUAUGUUAUGGAUGAUUGUCGGAAUUCCUUCGGAAAUGUCGGUUUUUAGUCCAAAUAAUCGAGAUUUUAAAGUGGAUUUCAUUAAAUCCCCAAUUAUCAUCAAACCAGAAAGAUCUUUUUAUUGUAAGAUCAACACUAAACAUGAAUUGAGAGAAGGGGAUAAGAUUUUUAUCAAUUCGGAUCAUUCAACAACAAACUAUGGUCCUAAUAAUAUGUUUCAGUUGGUCGGUUGGGAACGUCACGCUUUCGAUGUUCAGGUCACGAAUUUCACUUAUGAUAGAUCAAGAUUUUUUAAACUUGAUUUAAUUAUAUGUAUCAUAUAUUAUCAUGGUAGGUUAUUAAGUAUCGAUAAUAACGAGGAGAGAUUUUCUUUAAAGUCAAUCGGGUAUACUACGACCAGAGAAAACUGCAACCCUGAUAUUGAGGUGAAGAAAAAGGUUCCUCUUGCGGACAAAGGUUUCGAGGAUUUUCAAAUGAUUGCUUCAAUAGAUAUUGGAACCACGUACUCGGGAUUUGGAUACACAAGUAGGACAAAUAGGGAGAUCAUCAUAAAUGAAAUUUGGUCGGAUCGAAGCAAAUCACCAAAGACCGAUACCAUGUCACUUCAUAAUGUUUGUAAUUAUGAUUUUGCUUCUGCGGAGUAUUCCAAAUGUGAUAAUAUUGCAGAUAUAUGGAGUUGUUUUUAUAAAUUAUUUGGAUUAGUCGGGUCAACCUUAAAUUCAGACAUGGACAUUAAAAUCAUGUUUUCGGUUCCUUCAAAAUGUUCUUAUCGAACAAAGGAUGUUAUACUUAACAUGUCUUUAGAAGAAAGAACAAUUCAAACAAUUUCAGAAAGUGAAGCAGCGGCUAUAUAUUGUAUGAACAAGAUAAGAGAAGAAAACUUAUCGGUUAAACCAAUGUCACAAUUUUUGGUUGUUAAUUGUGGAGGUGUUUCAGUGGAGUUAACUCUGAGACAACUUUUACCAGACAACAAAUUGGCAGAAAAAUCCUUGGGUUCCAGUGGAAAUUGUGGAUCAAUCUACGUGGAUAGAAAAUUACUCGUAUACGUCUCAAAAAAAAUUGGUCUGGAUGCUUUGGAUCUACUUCAAACCAAACAUCAUGAACAAUUACGAUCAUUGAUUCGGCGAUGUCAAGAAAUAAAACAUUCAUUUACUGGAAACAAGGAUGAUGAUAAUAUUUUUGAAAUUAACCUUGAAAAGAUUUGUCCUGACAUCAAAAAAUACGCUGUUGGAACAUGUAAGGAUGAAUUGGAAAAGAAUAAUUGGAUUAUAAAAUUCCGUUAUGAUAACGUCAAAAAAAUUUUUGAUCCCAUCAUUAAACAAAUCAUUCUACUAAUUCAUGAACAACUAACUUUUAGUGAUAAUUGUUCUACAAUCUUUUUGGUAGGAGGUUUUAGUGAAUCGAUAUAUUUACAAAAUUGUAUUAAACAAGAAUUUAAGUAUUUAGUUUCAAACGUUUUUGUGCCAAAUCAACCGAUUACUGCGGUACUAAGAGGAGCGCUUGAGUACGCAUUAAAUCCCAAUUCAAUUGCUACAAGAAUCAUCAACAUGACUUAUGGUAUUAAGCAAGAUGGAAUGUUUAAGAGGAUAGUCAAAAUAGGUACCGAAGCACAUGAGAAUCAAGAAUUUGAAUUGGAACUAUCGCUAAUUCAGGAAAAUCGGUUAAGAUUUCCAAUUGAUCUAUACACUACAUCUCUAAGGAAUCCUAAAUUUUGCGAGGAUGAUGGUGUUGAUUUGAUCGCGAAUAUUAAAAUAAGUGCUCCAAAAUCUUGGUACGACAAGUUAUACCUAGUGUUGAUAUUUGAUCAAAGUGAAAUUCGCGUUUACGUAAAAAAUCAAUAUGGAAGGUAUAUAACAGCUGGUUUGGAAUAUUUGAACCAUUAA